AUGCGCUUCGAAUACUCUAGCUUGGCACUUUUUGCCGGGAUUUCUUGGGCAGCCUCUUCCCCAAACACUACAAACUUCGAGCGGGAGACGCGCAGCCUCGAUGAAAUUUACCAGGCAGCUUUGGCAGAAGGUGGCGUUGUCACUCUUUGGCAUGGCGGCGAUGAGAAGACCCAGCAGAACAGUCUGAAGAGCGCCUUCGAGGCACGGUUCCCUAACAUGACACUCAAUGUCACCGUCGACCUGUCGAAGUACCAUGAUGUCAACCUUGACGCACAAUUGGCUGCCGACAAUGUUUACGUCGACAGCAUCAUCUUGCAGACGCUUCACGACUACCCAAGAUGGAAGAAGCAAGGCGCUUUGAUGAACUACGCACCAUUGAACUUCGACAAGAUCUAUCCUGUGUUCAAGGAUGCCGAAGCGGCUUACAGUGGACUGCUUAUCUUUGAUUGGGGUAUCUCUGCAAACAUGAACAAGACGAGCACCAUGCCGACUUCGUACCAAGACUUCACGAAGCCCGAAUACAAGGACAAGAUCGUUCUGACCUACCCUAAUGACGAUGAUGCCGUCUUGUACCAGUUCGAACUAAUCAUCGAAGAGCUCGGUGAGGAAUGGUUCAACGCCCUGCUGGCCAACAACCCCCGCUGGGUGCGCGGUACUGCCACUCCCGGCACACUCAUCAAGGCUGCCAACAGCAGCAGCGCGGUGACCUUCAGCUCGGGUUACUCAUUCGCAGACCGACCACCAGUCACGUACGCGCUCCCCAGCGACGCCAAAUUUGUCUCUUGGGCUCAGACCGGCGCAAUUCUGAAGAAAGCACCCCACCCUGAAGGCGCAAAGCUACUCCACAGCUUCAUGCUCAGCGACGAGAACCAAUCUAGCCGUGGCUGGAGCGUCCGUGAGGAUAUUCCAGCACCAGAAGGCGCCGAGACGAUCCUGCAGCAGCCCGGUACUGAUGCGCCUGCGUUUGCUGAGUUCAUGGCAGACCGUGGUCAUGUUGAGAGGCGGAGGGACUUUUAUGAAGUUAGGAUUGGUACGGCGCAGGGCCUUAGCCCGCUUGUUGAUGACUUGCUCUUCAACAACCCCGCGCUAUCCGAUGUCAAGAUCAAGCAGAUACACGAAGGUCACACGCGCGAGUACUAUGCGCACAAGGCUGUGCUAUGUUUAGAGUCCGACUACUUUCUCAAUGCUUUCACUGGCAACUUCAAGAUAGAUUGGCAGAUAUUCGGAGCUGUGUGGAAGGAGAACACUAACGAUCUGCAGGAAGCAUCGGAAGGCGUCAUGGAACUCCAUGAGGACGAUCCCGAGCACUUUGAGUUCCUUCUCAAGUUCAUGUACACCGGCGCCUACAACAGACACGAGAUCGCGAAAUUCGCAGGCGACGACAAGACCAAACGGGUUCUUGUCCCGAUCGGCAUUCACGCGAUUGCUGACAAGUAUGACGUCGCCAAGCUCUACGAGCCAGCUGCGGAAGACGUGAAGGCUGUAUUUAUGGAAGCUUCCAAAGGCCAGGAUAUGCUCAUCACUGCAAUCCGCGCUCACUACGGUACCGAAGUCAACGUCGAUGGGGCUAUGGGGCGUCUCCUAACUUCCGUUGUGUUCGAAAAGCACCAAGACCUUGUCCAGAAGAAGGCAUUCGAGCAGCUGCUAUUGUCGUAUCCCACCUUCGCCGCAGAUGCUGCACUACACUCUCAGCGAAGCAACACACUUGGUGAAGGGGCUCUUGUUAAGCUGCAUAAGGUUCUAUUGUCCCAAGUGCGCCUGUCACAGAGUUCUUCCAUGAUAUGA